AGAAGAAUCUCCUGCACCCCCUUGCCCAGGCAGGGUCACCUGGAGCCCCAGGGCCGUGCCCAGGCAGGCUUUGGGAUGGCCCAAACACGGAGAGCCCAGGGCUGCCCUGCGCGGCUGCUCCCGGGCUCUGCUCCCUCCGUGGGUUCUUCCUCACAGGAUAAGGGGAUAUUUUGAGUGGGAAGGGACCCUCAGGAUCAUCCAGGGCAGCCCCUGACCCUGCACAGACCCUCCAGCAACCCCAUCCUGUGCCUGAGCAUUGUCCAAGUUCUCCUGGAGCUCUGGCAGCCUCGGGGCUGUGCCCAUCCCCUGGGGAGCCUGGGCAGUGCCAGCACCCUCUGGGGAUGAACCUUUCCCAAAAUCCAGCCUGGCGCGGCUCCAGCCGUGCCCCCGAGUCCAUUGGGGUGGAAUUCCAGCGGUUCCGUCCCUGUUCGGGCCACCCCAGGACUGCCCUCAGCGCUGGCCGGGACGAAACGCGGGCGCGGCGCGGCCCCUCCCGGCCACCGUCGCGCUCCAUCUGCCCCGGCCAACGAGCGGCGGAAGCGGAAGCGGCGGCGGGGCCGGGGUCGCGGGGCCGAGGCGAUGCCGCUGCACCGCUUCCCGCCGCGGCUCUGGGCCGCCAUGCGGAUGCGGGAGGGCAUCUGCGCCCGCCUGCCGCAGCACUACCUGGCCUCGCUGCAGGACGACACGCCGCCCACCCCGGUGCACUGGGAGCCGCACGGCCUGCGCUACCGGCGGAACCCGCGCACCGGGCAGCGCGAGCGCGUGCAGGACGUGCCCGUGCCCGUGUACUUCCCGCCCGCCGCCAACGAGGGGCUCUGGGGCGGCGAGGGAUGGGUGCGCGGCUUCCGCUACGCGCGCAACGACAAGCUCUCCACCAGGCUGCCCAAGACGUGGAAGCCGCAGCUGUUCAAGCGUCAGUUCUACAGCGAGAUCCUGGACGCCACGCUGACCAUCACCGUCACCAUGCGCACGCUCGACCUCAUCGACGCCGCCUUUGGCUUCGACUUCUACAUCCUCAAGACUCCCAGAGCUGACAUGUGCUCCAAGCUGGGCAUGGACCUGAAGAGGACGAUGCUGCUGCGCCUGGCCCGGCGCGACCCCGCGCUGCACCCGCACGACCCAGCCCGCAGAGAGGCCAUCUAUGACAAGUACAAGGAAUUUGUGAUCCCAGAGGAAGAAGCUGAAUGGGUUGGCUUGAGUUUGGAAGAAGCCAUAGAAAAACAGAGGCUCCUGGAAAAAAAGGAUCCUGUUCCCCUCUUCAAGGUGUAUGCUGAGGAGCUUGUCAGCCAGCUGAGAGAGCAGCAGCAGGCAGUGCAGAAGCAGUAGAAGGAAGAAACCUUGGCAGCAAAACCCCUGCUGCAGAGAAAGCAGUGGGGUUCAGGGGCUCUGCUGCCUGAAUCAGGGGCUCUGCUGCCUGAACCAGGCUGCUGGGGAAGGGGCCAUGUGAAAGCCACAUUGCUGAAGUGCCAUGAGAGCCUAAAUUCACUGAGGACCUGGCUGAAGUGCCAUGAGAGCCUAAAUUCACUGAGGACCUGCUCCUGUGGGCUGAGGAAAGAGUUUCUGUGCUGUGGCUCUGAGAGUCCUUGUCAGAACUGACUCAGUGUGGAUCUUGUGCCUGUACCAGCAGUUGGCUGCUGUUGAGAGCUGAUCUGUGAUACAAAAUACACAUUUUGGUAUCAGUAGCAGUAAA